AUGAAUGCUCCGCACUUUGCCAUAGACGUUCUGCUGUUGUGCAUAUCUUUCGGAGCAAGUGUAUUGGCAGCCAACUCUCCCACCGUGUCCUCGACGUUGCCAGCCACCAAUUUCACCGAACUUGGCGCAGCGUUCAGCCAUGGAGAAGCAGACAGCGAGAAUAUUCCCCUGACCAGGAGGAAGCGUUAUAUUUCCCAAAACGACAUGCUUGCCAUUCUCGAUUACCACAAUAAAGUAAGAGGGAAGGUUUUCCCUCCGGCGUCCAAUAUGGAGUACAUGGUAAGUGAUUUAUACGUUCAAAUUUAUCAAUCAAUUGCUCAUUGAUUAAUGAUGAAUGAUCUUUCUGCUUCCCUGCCUUCACUUCCUUCACUUGCUAUUCUAAUGUUGUAUAUUGAUAUCGCGGUUUAUGUAUUGAUAAAUAGCCUACUUGUUAUAUCAGUGGCCAGGGUUAUUAUAAAAUGUACGGGAGAAACUGCUGUAUUAAUUGAUGAAUGUCUACUUAGCUGCACCGUUCAUUGAUUCAUGUGUGUUGCUUAGUGUAAGAAGCUGUCUGUCUGGCAUGGUGAUAGGUUGAUGUGAAUGAAGGUCCCCCAAAUGGUACCCUAUUCCCUAUAUAGUGCACUACUUUAGACCAGAGAAUGGUACCCUAUUCCCUAUAUAGUGCACUACUUUAGACCAGAGAAUGGCACCCUAUUCCCUAUAUAGUGCACUACUUUAGACCAGAGAUUGGCACCCUAUUCCCUAUAUAGUGCACUACUUUAGACCAGAGAAUGGCACCCUAUUCCCUAUAUAGUGCACUACUUUAGACCAGAGAAUGGCACCCUAUUCCCUAUAUAGUGCACUACUUUAGACCAGAGAAUGGCACCCUAUUCCCUAUAUAGUGCACUACUUUAGACCAGAGAAUGGCACCCUAUUCCCUAUAUAGUGCACUACUUUAGACCACGGCCCAUAUGGCUCUAAAGUAGUGCACUAUAUAGGGAAUAGGGUGCCAUUUGGAAUGCAAACCAAUGUGUAGUUCAGAGCAGGAUGUUCAGUGCCAAAUAUCUCCUCUGGCCCUCUCUGGCCCUCUCUGGCCCUCUCUGGCCCUCUCUGGCCCUCUCUGGCCCCCUCUGGCCCUCUCUGGCCCUCUCUGGCCCUCUCUGACCCUCUCUGACCCUCUCUGGCCCUCUCUGGCCCUCUCUGGCCCUCUCUCUGGCCCUCUCUGGCCCCCUCUGACCCUCUCUGGCCCUCUCUGGCCCUCUCUGGCCCCCUCUGACCCUCUCUGGCCCCCUCUGGCCCUCUCUGGCCCUCUCUGGCCCUCUCUGGCCCUCUCUGGCCCUCUCUGGCCCUCUCUGGCCCUCUCUCUGGCCCUCUCUGGCCCUCUCUGGCCCCUGACCCUCUCUGGCCCUCUUGGCCCUAUUGGCCCUCCCUUCUGGCCCUCUCUGGCCCUCUCUGGCCCUCUCUCUGGCCCUCUCUGGCCCUCUCUGGCCCCCUCUGACCCUCUCUGGCCCUCUCUGGCCCCUCUCUGGCCCUCUCUGGCCCUCUCUGGCCCUCUCUCUGGCCCUCUCUGGCCCUCUCUGGCCCUCUCUGGCCCUCUCUGGCCCUCUCUGGCCCUCUCUGGCCCUCUCUGGCCCUCUCUGGCCCUCUCUGGCCCUGACCCAGCUGUUGAGCACAUUUCAGGGUUCAGGAUCACCUACAGCCUUGCUGGAAGAGGGGUCACGUGUAACACCAGUGGCACUCUUGCUGGCUGGCGGGAAAACAUUGAGAGCUAAAGUACUCCUCAAUGCCAGGACCUAUGAAAAGUACCUCAUGUAGACCAAUGGGUUCAUGUAGACCGUGGUUAUGUCCUAAAUGAAAUACAAUGGAACCUUGUCAAAAGUAGUGCACUACAUAAGGAAUAGGGUGCCAUCUGUGAUUCAAGUGUCCAUGUAGUGGUGUAAUGGGUUUGGUUGGAGUAGUUCAUGAAUGAAUGAUGAAUGGGUUUAAACACACGGUAGCUGGUAGCUGGUAGCUGGUAGCUGGUAGCUGGUAGCUGGUAGCUGGUAGCUGGUAGCUGGUUGGAUUUCCUGGACAGUGUCCAAGUUAGAGGCAAGGUUUAUGUCCUUAAGGAUGGCUGUAGAGAGAAUGUUGCAUGUUGCAGAUACAGAGAAGAGUGCAUUGUUCCCAAAAAGAGGCUGCUGUAAAAGGCCCUUGCUAUGAUAAACCAACUAUUGGCAGUGUAUCGCUCUGAACAGGCCAGUUGCAUAGCCGUCAUGGGAGCGAUGGUGGCUGGCAACGUCGAGGAAACGGUGGGAGAGUUGGCUGCUAAUACACUUAAAGUCUAUGGCAAAGUGCGGAACAUUCAUGUUUGCUUAUUUUAAGAUAUCUGACGGGAUGUAGGCUAUCCCUAGUCUUGAUUUCAUCUGAAAUGAAGAAAAAAAAAGAACAGACAUUACACGAGUAGUCUAUUUGUGCCAACUAAAACCAAGUACUACCAUCUAUGAGGUUGAACCACGUGAGAGAGAGAGCAGUACUACCAUCUAUGAGGUUGAACCACGUGAGAGAGAGAGCAGUACUACCAUCUAGGAGGUUGAACCACGUGAGAGAGAGAGCAGUACUACCAUCUAGGAGGUUGAACCACGUGAGAGAGAGAGCAGUACUACCAUCUAGGAGGUUGAACCACGUGAGAGAGGGAGCAGUACUACCAUCUAGGAGGUUGAACCACGUGAGAGAGGGAGCAGUACUACCAUCUAGGAGGUUGAACCACGUGAGAGAGAGAGCAGUACUACCAUCUAAGAGGUUGAACCACGUGAGAGAGGGAGCAGUACUACCAUCUAGGAGGUUAAACCACGUGAGAGAGAGAGCAGUACUACCAUCUAGGAGGUUGAACCACGUGAGAGAGAGAGCAGUACUACCAUCUAGGAGGUUGAACCACGUGAGAGAAAGAGCAGUACUACCAUCUAGGAGGUUGAACCACGUGAGAGAGAGAGCAGUACUACCAUCUAGGAGGUUGAACCACGUGAGAGAGAGAGCAGUAUUACCAUCUAGGAGGUUGAACCACGUGAGAGAGAGAGCAGUACUACCAUCUAGGAGGUUGAACCACGUGAGAGAGAGAGUAAACUACCAUCUAGGAGGUUGAACCACGUGAGAGAGAGAGCAGUACUACCAUCUAGGAGGUUGAACCACGUGAGAGAGAGAGAGCAGUACUACCAUCUAGGAGGUUGAACCACGUGAGAGAGAGAGAGCAGUACUACCAUCUAGGAGGUUGAACCACGUGAGAGAGAGAGCAGUACUACCAUCUAGGAGGUUGAACCACGUGAGAGAGAGAGCAGUACUACCAUCUAGGAGGUUGAACCACGUGAGAGAGAGAGCAGUACUACCAUCUAGGAGGUUGAACCACGUGAGAUGGAGAGAGUAAACUACCAUCUAGGAGGUUGAACCACGUGAGAGAGUGAGUAAACUACCAUCUAGGAGGUUGAACCACGUGAGAGAGAGAGCAGUACUACCAUCUAGGAGGUUGAACCACGUGAGAGAGAGAGCAGUACUACCAUCUAAGAGGUUGAACCACGUGAGAGAGGGAGCAGUACUACCAUCUAGGAGGUUAAACCACGUGAGAGAGAGAGCAGUACUACCAUCUAGGAGGUUGAACCACGUGAGAGAGAGAGCAGUACUACCAUCUAGGAGGUUGAACCACGUGAGAGAAAGAGCAGUACUACCAUCUAGGAGGUUGAACCACGUGAGAGAGAGAGCAGUACUACCAUCUAGGAGGUUGAACCACGUGAGAGAGAGAGCAGUAUUACCAUCUAGGAGGUUGAACCACGUGAGAGAGAGAGCAGUACUACCAUCUAGGAGGUUGAACCACGUGAGAUGGAGAGAGUAAACUACCAUCUAGGAGGUUGAACCACGUGAGAGAGUGAGUAAACUACCAUCUAGGAGGUUGAACCACGUGAGAGAGAGAGCAGUACUACCAUCUAGGAGGUUGAACCACGUGAGAGAGAGAGUAAACUACCAUCUAGGAGGUUGAACCACGUGAGAGAGAGAGCAGUACUACCAUCUAGGAGGUUGAACCACGUGAGAGAGAGAGAGCAGUACUACCAUCUAGGAGGUUGAACCACGUGAGAGAGAGAGUAAACUACCAUCUAGGAGGUUGAACCACGUGAGAGAGAGAGCAGUACUACCAUCUAGGAGGUUGAACCACGUGAGAGAGAGAGUAGUACUACCAUCUAGGAGGUUGAACCACGUGAGAGAGAGAGUAAACUACCAUCUAGGAGGUUGAACCAUGUGAGAGAACAGUACUACCAUCUAGGAGGUUGAACCAUGUGAGAGAGCAGUACUACCAUCUAGGAGGUUGAACCAUGUGAGAGAGUAGUACUACCAUCUAAGAGGUUGAACUGCGUGAGAGAGUAGUACUACCAUCUAGGAGGUUGAACCACGUGAGAGAGAAGUACUACCAUCUAGGAGGUUGAACCACGUGAGAGAGAGAGCAGUACUACCAUCUAGGAGGUUGAACCACGUGAGAGAGAGAGCAGUACUACCAUCUAGGAGGUUGUCUCGUCUUGACCCUGAUCCAAUUCCUCUUUGGCUCUAUGUUCCGUUCCAGCUGUUCUGUUGACUAACCAAAGACAGCACGUUUCAUUGUUGCAUCAGUACUCAUGGAAAAUUGUUGCGUUGGAGUACCUGGAACAUAGCAGAACAGUUCCACGUGAAUUAAACGUUUUAAAGAGACUUCUGCAGUCUAGCUGCACGCAAAUUAGUUGUCUUAGAAACAUUUUCUCACUGCCUUAAUAUAUGGGAACGUGGAGUAUAGACAAGGCUUUAACGUAUGGCAACAGGAGGUAUAGACAAGGCUUUAACGUAUGGCAACGGGGAGUAUAGACAAGGCUUUAACGUAUGGCAACAGGGAGUAUAGACAAGGCUUUAACGUAUGGCAACAGGGAGUAUAGACAAGGCUUUAACGUAUGGCAACAGGGAGUAUAGACAAGGCUUUAACGUAUGGCAACGGGGAGUAUAGACAAGGCUUUAACGUAUGGAAACGGGGAGUAUAGACAAGGCUUUAACGUAUGGCAACGGGGAGUAUAGACAAGGCUUUAACGUAUGGCAACGGGGAGUAUAGACAAGGCUUUAACGUAUGGCAACGGGGAGUAUAGACAAGGCUUUAACGUAUGGCAACAGGGAGUAUAGACAAGGCUUUAACGUAUGGCAACAGGGAGUAUAGACAAGGCUUUAACGUAUGGCAACAGGGAGUAUAGACAAUGCUUUAACGUAUGGCAACGGGGAGUAUAGACAAGGCUUUAACGUAUGGCAACGGGGAGUAUAGACAAGGCUUUAACGUAUGGCAACAGGGAGUAUAGACAAGGCUUUAACGUAUGGCAACAGGGAGUAUAGACAAGGCUUUAACGUAUGGCAACAGGGAGUAUAGACAAGGCUUUAACGUAUGGCAACAGGGAGUAUAGACAAGGCUUUAACGUAUGGCAACAGGGAGUAUAGACAAGGCUUUAACGUAUGGCAACGGGGAGUAUAGACAAGGCUUUAACGUAUGGCAAAGGGGAGUAUAGACAAGGCUUUAACGUAUGGCAACAGGGAGUAUAGACAAGGCUUUAACGUAUGGCAACAGGGAGUAUAGACAAGGCUUUAACGUAUGGCAACGGGGAGUAUAGACAAGGCUUUAACGUAUGGCAACAGGGAGUAUAGACAAGGCUUUAACGUAUGGCAACAGGGAGUAUAGACAAGGCUUUAACGUAUGGCAACAGGGAGUAUAGACAAGGCUUUAACGUAUGGCAACAGGGAGUAUAGACAAGGCUUUAACGUAUGGUGACGGGGAGUAUAGACAAGGCUUUAACGUAUGGCAACGGGGAGUAUAGACAAGGCUUUAACGUAUGGCAACAGGGAGUAUAGACAAGGCUUUAACGUAUGGCAACGGGGAGUAUAGACAAGGCUUUAACGUAUGGCAACAGGGAGUAUAGACAAGGCUUUAACGUAUGGCAACAGGGAGUAUAGACAAGGCUUUAACGUAUGGCAACGGGGAGUAUAGACAAGGCUUUAACGUAUGGCAACGGGGAGUAUAGACAAGGCUUUAACGUAUGGCAACAGGGAGUAUAGACAAGGCUUUGUGUGUAUAUAUGUCUUAGUUUAGUCAUGUCUACAGUUCAGUCCAUGUUUUCUCAUGAUUCUCAUGUUUCUCAUGUUCCCUCUAUGUGUGUGUGUGUGUGUGUGUGUGUGUGUGUGUGUGUGUGUGUGUGUGUGUGUGUGUGUGUGUGUGUGUGUGUGUGUGUUUCUACCUGUGUGUUUCUACGUGUGUGUAGACGUGGGACGAGACCCUGGCUAGUUCAGCGGAGGACUGGGCUCAUGCGUGUCUGUGGGAUCACGGCCCUCGCCACCUCCUCAGGUUCCUGGGCCAGAACCUCUCUGUCAGGACCGGACGGUGAGUCACCUCUGAUCUCUGAGCCCUCACUGUUGACCCUAGAUGCUGACCCCAGGUCAGUUUGGUGUUCCACCUUCUAAAGGUUCAGGAUGUGGGGGAGGGGAAACUGAUCCUGGAACUCUGCCUCCAAUGGCAACUUCUAGUCAUGACCCCUGACUGCUUCCCAAAUGUCGUGACCCUGACUGCUUCCCAAAUGUCGUGACCCUGACUGCUUCCCAAAUGUCGUGACCCUGACUGCUUCCCAAAUGUCGUGACCCUGACUGCUUCCCAAAUGUCGUGACCCUGACUGCUUCCCAAAUGUCGUGACCCUGACUGCUUCCCAAAUGUCGUGACCCUGACUGCUUCCCAAAUGGGGCCCUAUUCAUUACGUAGUGUACUGCUUUUGACCAGAGCUCCAAGGGGGUUGCAUAGGAAAUAGGAUGCCAUCUGGGACACAGACCCUGUCUCAGGCCUUAAAUGAAUCAGCUGCGACUCACCAGUAUAGGCCCCUUGACUGACUGACUGAGUGACCUAACGUUGGGGAAACAUUGCUUUAGUCCAUGACUCACAUCUUGAGACCCUAUUAGAAAUAUCAUCUUAUCUUUCAAGUUAAGGAUCUACUCUCGGUACUAAUCUGAGCGUCUGUGUGUCUCUGUCCUCAGCUACCGCUCUAUCCUCCAGUUAGUGAAGCCCUGGCACGAUGAAGUGAAGGACUAUGUGUUCCCCUACCCCCGGGACUGCAACCCCAGGUGCCCCCUGAAGUGCUACGGACCCAUGUGUACACAUUAUACACAGGUAAGAAGACACAAGCAGGAGUGCCAUGUCAUUCUGGGCGGAAUCAUAACUUGAUUUAACCCAAUGCCAUCAAUAGUUGAUUGAUAUGAAUGUUUGUGUUGCUCAUGCAUCUCUUAAAAGUCCAAUGCAGCUGUUUUUAUCUCAAUAUCAAAUAAAUCAUUUUCUGGGAAACAAUUAAGUACCGUACUGUGAUUGUUUUCAAUUAAAAUGGUCAAAAAGAAACAAAAAUAGCUUCUUAGCAAAGAGCAAUUUCUCAAGCAAGAAUUUUGCUAGGACCGUCUGGGAGUGGAAAAACUGAAAAUUAGCUGUUAUUGGCAGAGAGGUUUGGAACUCUCUUUCUUAUUGGUCUAUUAACUAAUUUACCUGCCUGAUGAUGUCACCAUGGAAAGCCAAAACUCCAUCCAAUCAAAACAGGCUGAAAUUUCAAGCUGUCUUUUCUAACAGCUCGUGCACUAAAAGGGGCGUCGUCAUCAUGUUCACAUUGUCACAGUGUCAUUCCAACCUCAUAGUGUGGAAAUAUACAUAAAUCACAGGGAAAUCAGGUUUUUUGACUGCCUGUGUAACUGUUUAAAUGACCUUUGCAUAACGAUGAUCCCUGCUGUCUCUCUACUUUACAGAUGGUUUGGGCCACAACAAACAAAGUUGGCUGUGCUGUGCACACGUGCCACAAUAUGAACGUAUGGGGGAACGUGUGGAAACGGGCAACAUACUUAGUGUGCAACUAUUCAUCCAAGUGAGUAGACAGUAAUAAUAUGCUCAUUCUAUCGUCUCCCUUUGAUAUUUCAGGAAGUAGGAAUACAGUAUCUUUGAGAAAGGUCUUUGCUUUCACAUCAACUUCUAUGCUGUUGUCCUAGUACCAACGGCGUACUGCACCUUAGUUCUGAGCAUGCCAGUACUCAACCUGCUGUUGUCCUAGUACCAAUGGCGUACUGCACCUUAGUUCUGAGCAUGCCAAUACUCAACCUGCUGUUGUCCUAUUACCAAUGGCGUACAGCACCUUAGUUCUGAGCAUGCCAGUACUCAACCUGCUGUUGGCAUAGUGCGGUUAAUCUCCGUCCAUUUAGAGCUUUAGCAAACACACUGAUCAAUGCGUUGCUCCACAGGGACAAUGGUGCCCACUAUCAAUGCAGCUACUGACAGUCUUACUGAAAACGAAGUCAUCCGCACUCUGUAAUGAAUUACACCGGCAUCUCUCUGGAUAGCUUAUACAUUCCCCUAACUACGUUCCUUAUAACGUAGUUACACGCUAGUUAUGUAGCUUAUACGCUAACCCUAACCUCCAGACCACUCUGUGCCAAUAUUAACUCUGUGUCUGUCUGUCUGUCUGUCUGUCUGUCUUGUGUUUUCCAGGGGGAACUGGAUCGGAGAGGCCCCCUACAAAGUAGGCGUCCCGUGCUCUGCCUGUCCCCCUAGCUACGGAGGCUCCUGUUCCAACAAC